CGGGUCUCUGGCGAUGAGGCAGCAACUGUACCACUGCGCCACUGUGCCGCUCAGAAUUAUAUAACGGUUUCCUCUUCCAUAAACGCACCCAAUAUGUGCUAGUAAUGUCCUGUUUGCCAGCUUGUUGACCCUCUGUGUUCCCCUCCUGCAGGGUUUAGGAGCCGUUGCUGUGGACGGAGAGAGACGGGAUGCUCCGGGGACUAACCAUUGAGGGCGGUCAGGGAGCCGAUGAGCCCCCCCAUCAGUCUGCUCAGUGUGUGGGCUGAGCUUCGAGGGGGUAAGCAUAGAUGGAGGACCACGUGAUGGGGCACAACAAGGAGAAGCGUUAUGAGUGUGACGUGUGUGGCAAGGCCUGGCAGAAGCCGAGCCUGCUGGAGAUCCACCGGCCGGUACACACUGGAGAACACCCCUUCGACUGCGUGGAGUGUGGGAAGAGCUUCACCCGCUCCAGCAACCUGCUGCAGCACAACCGCCUGCACUCCGGCGAGCGGCCCUUCACCUGCUCCGACUGUGGCAAGAGUUUCAAGACGGAGAAUCACCUGAAGGUGCACCAGUGGGUGCACACGAGCAAGGAGCCCUAUUGUUGCUCCACCUGCGGCAAGAGCUUUACCCGGGUGUAUGGGCUGCGGGAUCACCAGCGAGUGCACAGCGAUGAGCGGCCGUUCACCUGCUCCGACUGCGGAAAAGGCUUCAAGUCGUCGCCGGACCUGAAGCAGCACAGGCGCAUGCACACUGGGGAGCGGCCCUACACUUGCAAUGACUGCGGCAAGGGCUUCACCCAGUUCAGAAACCUGCGGGUGCAUCAACGCACCCACACCGGCGAGCGUCCCUACACCUGCACCCACUGUGGUAAGGGCUUCACCCACUCCACCAGCCUGCUGACCCACCAGCGCAUCCACACCGGGGAGCUGCCCUACACCUGCAGCGACUGCGGCAAGGGCUACACCCGCUCCGACAGCCUGCAGUACCACCAGCGCACCCACACCGGCGAGCGUCCCUACACCUGCGCCCAGUGCGGCAAGUGCUUCACUAAGUCUAGUCACCUGCUGAUGCACCAGCGCACCCACACCGGCGAGCGCCCCUAUACCUGCGGCCAGUGCGGCAAAGGCUUCACCCGUUCCUCGCAUCUGCUGAACCACCAGCACACCCACACCGGUGAGCGCCCCUACAUAUGUACCCAGUGCGGCAAGGGCUUCACCCAGUCCUGUCACCUGCUGGUGCACCAGCGCACCCACACUGGCGAGCGCCCCUUCACCUGCGCCCAGUGUGGCAAGGGCUUCACCCAAUCCUAUCAGCUGCUGAUGCACCAGCGCAUCCAUGCCGGCGAACGCCCCUACAACUGCGCCCAGUUUGGCAAGGGCUUCAUCUGCUCCACCCAGCUGCUGUCCCACCAGCGGGUGCACGCCUGCGACCGUCCCGUCUCCAGCCCGGUGUGUAAAGAGAGUUUUGCCAUGGCCUCCCACACCAGUGACCAGCCCUACGACUGCCCUGGAAAUGUGAAGCGAACUAAUUCCCAAUGA